AAGAAUGGUCAAGCGUUACCUGAGUUAUGUGGAAUUACAUGUAAGCCCUGCUUAAUAAGCCAGUACAGCGAUACCUGGAACCUGGACCCCAGCUGCCAAUUUUGUACAGAAUGCAAGGAAGCAAACAUCGAGUACGAGUCACAGUGCAACAGCACUCAUGAUGCUGUGUGCAGAUGUAAAGCUGGCUACAGAUGCAAAGACCAACCCUGCACAAAGUGUGAACAGAUACCGACCACCACCAUUGCCAGCACACUCCAUCCACCCUCCACCACCGCCACCACCUUCACCAAAAUCUACCCGUCUACUAAAGAUAGCACGUGGUUCCUGGUGACAGUCGCCGUCCUGUGUGGAUUUUUUGCAAUUAUUGUCGUUGCCAAAAUCUACUCUUUCCAGCGCUGGAUCAGAAACAAGCUUGGUGGGUACAUCUUCUGUGAAAAGGCUGUACCUGUACCUACAUGCUCAGAGGAUAAUGUAUCAAAGCCUAUCCAGGAAGUGUGUGGAAAGUGUGAAAAACUCCUUGAUGUUUGAGUUAAAUACAAGAAGCUUGACCUGGAAGAGACACAAUUUUACAGGUGGAAAUUUAAAGCCACACAUCAGAUGGAAAGCAUUUCUCCUUGCUUUGGACUUUUUCAACAGACAGAGGCAAACAUCUCUCAAUCCAAUGGAGCCACAGAGAACGGUUGUUACAGGACUGAUGGGGUCUCCUGGCAGAGGAAGGAUUGUGUGAAAUCUGAGGCAUUGAGAUGAUAAAAGUGUUUUAAAGAGGACAUGUUACUUUUUUCACCUAAAACAGUCUCCUGUGGUCUAAAUUAAACAUCUGUGCUGUGCUCUGAUCAAAAUAUAACACGAAUCAGCACUAGAGGAGGUUUGUGACCCUGUAUAAACCAGCUCUCUCAGAACGCUCCGAUUUGGUGUGUGUCUCUUUAAAUGCAAUG